GUCACAUUUUUCUGUCCUCACAUUUCACCCCCAUUUAAAGGUUACUCUCGUAGUGCGGUAUAUUUGGUCCAUUUCGACAACUACGAAGACAUCAUAAACCUUAAGAGUGACGAUGUAAUAGUAGGUGUAACUAUUUCACAAAAUCGAGUAAGUAGUGGACAUGUCAAAGAUACACGGUUCGGCAGAUCAU